AUGCUAGCUGUCGAACCAGCAGCUCGCUUGAUUUUCAGACGGAUCACUCACAUCUCUAGCGCUGGCCCGGAGAGAGGUAAGGGUACGGUCGAAAAUAAACACGAAACGAAGCAGCUCCAGACGCAAUACCAACACGUCGUUGGAGUCAACCGCGACGGAGAAACCCCGGCAGUCACGGCACGAUUGGAAGGCGGCGAUCAGACCAUGAGGCCUAAAGCCUCUAUCAAACAACACGACUAUGCUCGCAUGUCGACGGACAAUGCUAAGCCGUCAUCGCUAGCCUGUCUGGCGUGCCGUAGCAAGCAUGCCAAAUGUGACGCCAAGUCGCCAUGCUCGAGAUGUCAGGAGAACGGCAUACAGUGCACAUUCGUCCUCUCCCAAAGGGGCCGCACAGGACGAGGUCGCAGAUCCGUAAUACGUCCUCAAGUCCCGUAUCUUUCCGUAGACGGUUUGGAGCGAAACGAGCCCGAGAAAGCAAUUAGCACAAGCGAGGAUGUUGUAUCGACCAGCCACCUCCAAAGCCUUUCGCAGCCAGAACGCAAUGCCACUCAGACACGCAACUAUGUUUCGAACCAAACGACAAGUGGAUACUACGAGAACUUCCAUGGAGCACAUCCGUUCAUUCUGCCGCUGAAGAUCACAGCAGCAAAUCCGCUCCUUCUACCUCCAUAUCUUAAAUCUUGCAUGUCGUACGUGGCGAUGCACUACUCUGGAACAGGAUCGGCUCCUACGGGAGUCGCUCCUAGCAUACAGGAUCUGCAAUGUGCGCCUAAGGAUCUGUUCAAGAUUCAAGCAUAUUUACUUCUGGCCUUAGCUUCGUUUGCAAGGCUAGAAUGUCAGAAAGGACAGACGAGCCUUAUGGAGGCCAUUGCCCUUGCCAAUGCCUUCAGACUAGGGACAGAGAGCUUUGUACUCACGCAGCCCGUGAUUCUUCAAGACAGCUGCCGAAGAACGUGGUGGGAACUGUUCGUUGUCACAAAUCUGGUACGCUCUAUAUUAGAUAUACCAGUACACCUCUCCUUGGCAGGUUGUGACUUGAGACUACCAGGUGAUGAUGUACCGUACGACGAGGGCGCCACAUCUACAGAGACACGUACGCUAAAAGACAUCCAAGCACGCUUCUUCAACGACGACAACGACGAGCCCUGGGCAGCAUCUGCUUACAAAGUCGAGGCCACCAGAAUACUGUCAACCAUCAUGUCAGCAGAAGAUAAAGCUCGAGACCCUGCUGUACGAUUCGCAAACACUGACGCCUUCCAAGCGUCGAUUUCGAGCUGGUGGCUUUCUCUUCCACCAAACAAGCGUUAUGCAACUCGAGACGAUGGCCGCGUAGACGAGUCAAUUUUUAUGGCGCUGAUGAUCAUCAAUAUGAGCAGUCUACGAAUCAAUCUACCACGUAGUGACCUUGCUGCAAGCUGGAGAUCAGCGACGCUCUGCUCGGACUUUGGUACGCGAUCUUCUACUCGCGACGCAGCAUACCACACAGCCUGUGCACUGAAAGCAGCCAACAGUCUCUCGAGUUUGAUCGCUUCGGAAAGUUCGGCAAAGCUACACACACCCUGCUCAGCUUGUGCUAUAGCGUUUGGCACCAUCAUACAGCUUCCUGCCUACCUGCGCCAACGCAAUGAAGACCUCAAGGAGAACAUUCAACUAGGACUGAUCUACCUAAAGCGAAUGGGAGAAGUAUGGCCGUUAGCUUCACAGGUGAGGCUUCAAUUAGCCAGCGUCGCCCGUGCAGUACUUGCUGGUCCAGAUGAUCACACCCAGCAGGUGUCGCAGGCAGUUGUGACAGAUGUCAGGACUGAUAUGCCAACGUCUGCACAAGGUGAUCGAUGGCUCGAGUUUGCUCGACAGAUGCUUACUAGUCCCGGAGACAAUCAGAUGACCUUUCAGGAAGACUUAGCGCCAUUGCCAGAUGGCGAUGCUUGGUUGCAAGAUAUGCUCGACGCCGACUCCGCGUGGCCAAGUAGCAAUCUCAUGACUUGA